AUGGCUCGACUGUGGAGCCCUGUGCUCCUCCUUUUCCUCACUCUCAUCCUCAUCUCCUCAGUGGCUACCGUGGAAUGGGAAAAAGCCAUGGGUUUUCGGGCCCACUCCCGCCCUCAUUUUGCUGGUUCGUUUAAAUCCCUCUCAGCUCGAAUCCGGCCUUGUGAUAAUUGCCUGGCAGAAUAUGUAGUCUCAGCUCACAGUUUUGAUAUAGUUAAUAAAAGACAAAACGGCAGCGAUUCCACCAUGAAACCUCAACCAUCAGGUAACCAAAGCCCACCAAGCACCCCCGAACAAUCAUCCUCCGAAAGUUCUCCCGUUAACCUCGAGACGCCCUCCUCCACUCCUUCGCCAACAGAAUCCUCUCCUGAUCCACCCACAAACACACCCAACCCCACUCCCACGCCAACACCAACACCAACGCCAACCCCUUCCGAAACACCCUCAAACUCCCCAUCCGACACUACAACCCAAGAAUCAACGCCACCGCCAUCUCAACCGGCAUCGCAAUCGCCAGAACCAACUCCAUCAAACCCGCCUCCCGCGUCCGAAACCUCUGCAGCCCCUCCCCCCAGCACCAGAGCUACCACAGGACCCAACGAAACUCCGAAUCGACCCACCUCAACCACGAACAGAAAUACGUCAGACCCCACGUCGAGUGCGACUGCACCGCCGUCAACCUCCCAAUCAAGCGACUCCUUAAGUUCAACCACAGUGCUCAUUCAAACCACAAACUCAGACGGGUCACUGACAACAAUCACAUCUGUCGUCGUCAUUCGCCCGUCAGCAGCGAACUCGCAACCACCAAACGCCAGGAAUUCUCCUGCAUUGCAAACGGGUAGUGGUGCGUCGCGGGUGUCUGUUGGCUGUGGAAUGGGGAUGGGUGUUUUGGUUGUUGCUGGUGGUGUUAUUGCUGUUGCUAUGGCUUUGUAG